CGCGAUUGUCUUGUUCAUGUUUGGUCUAGACUCCCCCAUGCUUAGAUUCGAAACACCAACAGCCACUUCCGAGAACCAAGCCAAGUCUCAGCCCUCUUCUUCUCAGUCGACGUCUCAGAAUCUCACAUACGAACAACUCGAUCCGCAGACCAAAAAACUAGUGGAAGAGAUUCAAAAGACACUGAGCAGCGAGCGGCUCAUUAAUGAGGAGAUUUCCCAAAGAACGACGGAGCCGAUUGACCGGAUUUCUGAAGACAGCCAGCUUUUAUCAGAAAAGCUAGAAACGCUAUUAGGGACCGUUCAACAAGACAAUCGAGAGGCAGUCACGCUCAAGAAGCAGUUUUCUGCGCUACUUCGAAAUGCAGACACCUUGUUACGUUUCGUCGAAUGCACACUGAAUAUAGGAAAUGCUCUGGAUGCCAGAAAGAGCCUACUUGGCAACUACCAGCUGCCCUCAAAAUAUUUUCAAGACCUGGUCGAGACCUUCGAGAAUCGCGUGUUAGAAUAUCGACAGACCAUAGAGGCGAUCGAGCGAUUCAUAGAAACCAAUACCAACGGAAAUGCAUAUACGCCUGCGAUGAUUCGAGAGACCAUGCAAUCUCAAAUGGAGUAUUUUGUGGCUAUGGCAAGUCAGGUCGCAAACUUGGGUGAGAACUUGCAGAAUCUUCAAGAGAAAAUUUUGAGUAGUCAGGCGAAUCGAGGCGAAUUUGAGAAUUUAUUUUUGGACCCUUACGCGCCGAAAGUCGAAGACAAAUUUUCUCAGUCUCUACUGAGUGCGUAUCCAGUGCCACAGGCACCGCCAGGUCAAGUGGCUACGCCAACACCCAUCAUUCCGGUGACGCCUAAAACAGGAUUUGAACCUGCAUCCGCUCAACAGACAAUGUUUGGCAGUCCAUUCGGCUCGGCAGCUUCACCUAAAACAGGCUUUGGUUUUGGGACGAAUUUCUCCCCUGGUGGAUUUGGCAGUACAAUGCCAUCCGGAUUUGGCAGCAGUACAACGCCGUCUACAACCGGGUUUGGCAGCAAUACAGCGCCAUCUACAACCGGGUUUGGUAGUGGCACGGCAUCCUCUGGGUUCAACGCAUCUUCUCCGUUUUUCAGUACGACACAACCACCUUCUUUCAGUGGCACUGCAAAUCAACCGUCCACCGGGUUUGGUAGUGCAACGCCUUCUUUCGGCAGUACAACACAAUUUACUGGGUUUGGCAGUGGCACAGCACAAUCAUCUUCUUUUAGCACCCCUAAACCUCUAUCUUCAGGUUUUGGUACAACUACGCAGCCUUCUACUGGCUUCGGUACGACCACGCAGCCUUCUACUGGCUUCGGCACGACCACGCAGCCUUCUGGCUUCGGCACGACCACGCAGCCUUCUGGCUUCGGCACGACCACGCAGCCCUCUACUGGCUUCGGCACGACCACGCAGCCCUCUACUGGCUUCGGCACGACCACACAGUCCCCUACUGGCUUUGGUACAACCACACAGUCCCCUACUGGCUUCGGUAUGACUACACAAUCUUCUACUGGCUUCGGCAAUACAUCUUCUGGCUUCGGCAAUACACCUUCUGGCUUCGGCACGACUACACAGCCCUCUACUGGCUUCGGCACAACGUCAUCUUCUGGCUUCAGCACGACUACGCAGCCUUCUACCGGCUUCGGCACGACUACGCAAUCCUCUGGUUUUGGUGCAACGCGUUCACCAUCAAGCUUCGGUACAACAACUCAACCAUCUAUCGGCUUCGGCGCACCAUCGUCCUCUGGCUUCGGUACAACGCAACCAUCCUCUGGCUUUGGUACAACACAGCCGUCUAUUGGAUUUGGUAUAACUCAGCCAUCCUCUGGCUUUGGUACGACUCAGCCAUCCUCUGGCUUUGGUACGACUCAGCCGUCCUCUGGCUUUGGUACGACUCAGCCAUCCUCUGGCUUCGGUGCAACAACCUCGUAUUCCGGCUUCGGUGCAACAACACCGUCUUCUGGCUUCGGUGCAACAACACCGUCUUCCGGCUUCAGUAGCGGCAAGACUCCCUUUUCUGGAUUCGGCGGUUCUUCACUAUCUCCCACAGGUUUUGGCAGCAGUACAACGCCAUCUUUUGGCAGCAAUGCAAACCAACCUUCUACCGGGUUUAGUGGUGGUCUAAAACCCUUCUCUGGCUUCGGUAGCGGUACAACACUCGGCUUCGGUAGUAGUACAACCCCGUCGCUCUCUGGAUUUAGCAGCCAGCCAUCUUCCUCUCCAGGUUUCGGUGGUACAGCGCCCUUUGGCAGCACAAACCAACCAUCUUCUGGCUUCGGUAGUGGGACCCCGUCCUUUGGCAGCGGCUCGCCACAAACAUCACAAACUCCCGGAUUUGGUACUACACAGCCCGUCGGAUUUGGAAGCAAUACGACAUUCUCAUCUAACCCAUCUAACACACAAUUCAGUGCCUUUAAAAAAUAACUUUUCCUUACACACACACCGUAUACAUUUCAAGACCUCAGGAUCAUGCUCAAAUGCCCCGGAUUUUGUCAUACAGAUUGUAUCUGCCUGUACAAAAACUUUUCAAGUAGGACUAACAGUUCUCGUGAAACAGUUGUCCCUUCCACUGCUAUCAACUAAGCACACACAUUCUCCGUGGGAAUGCAUGACCUAACCAACAUCGCAGAUCAGACAUGCGAAUCCAAUCAAAAUUUAAUCUAAAAUCAAACCUGACCUCAAAUAUUCGGUAAAUCGAUCAAAGUCUUCACCUGCCAACUGAACUGUCGUAGUGUCUAGAGUUGGAUAAGUGAUUUUCGUGUUUGUUCUAACAGCCGCUUCAACAAACACCCUUCCGAACCGACUUUUCAAUAGAGGGGUUAACAAAAAUUCUUCUCUUUAACACUACACAUUCCAUGGUAUUCUUACGUACUUCGGCGUAUAUGAGCAACACCCUUCUACUCCGACCACGAUACAUAUAUUUUUUUUUGUUAAUUUGGCAGCAAGUACAAACGGCUUGGGCUUGUACAUCUCUGCCAUCACACCCGCCAUAAAAUACGCUAAUUCAUUCAAUAUCGCAGGAUGAUUGAGAUAUUCUGAUUCGCUGAUAUCAUUCAAAAAUGCAUAUUGGUAAUUUUCAGACUUCGAAAAUUGACGUCUUUGUAUAAUGCUUUGCACCUGUUUGACAACAGCCUUUUUGUCCUCAAUAGCCCUUUCAAUGCCUUUUUCCAACAUGCUGAUUCCUCGAUUGGAUACACUGUAAUAUGCACUCCAAAAA